AUGAUACUUUGCAGUACAAACUCUCAACGUAUUAACUUCGGCCAAACUAAAAGAUUCACCUUGGGGGGCCUAUUCCCCGUGCACAGCAAAGGACAAUCCAAUGACUCAAAUGCAUGUGGGCCAAUCUUGAAAGAAAAAGGAAUACAGCGAUUGGAAGCCAUGCUGUUUGCGGUGAAGCAAAUUAACAGCAACUAUUCCUACUGGAGGUUCAACCUGGAUCCCAUCCCUCUUGAUACUUGUUCGUCUGACACCUACGCCCUUGAGCAAUCUCUGCAGUUUUUGCAAACUUGUAAGGACUCUCAUGGCAAGAAAGUAACUGGAGUUGUUGGCGCUGCCAACAGCGAUGUGUCCGCAGCGCUUGCAAGCAUUUUCAAGCCUUUCAAGGUACCACAAAUCAGCUAUGCCUCAACCAGCGAGAAACUCAACGAUUUGAACAAAUAUCCUUACUUUUUUCGGGUGGUUCCAUCCGACAAAUUUCAAGUGAGGGUGAUGUUGGACAUCUUGACAGAAUUCAAGUGGUCGUACGUUUCAGCGGUCACUUCUAAAGAUGAUUACGGAUCGAGUGCCAUCGAAAACCUUCAGGCCCUCAUGAGUCUUGCAAACUACGAAGAAAUCUGUUUUGCGGAAAUACAAAUGAUUCCCGAUGACGACCGAGACGACCAUUACAUUAAAGCGACGAGGGCGUUGUUACAGCACGAAAAUGUGAAAGUUGUCAUAGUAUUUCUACACGAAGAAAAAGUAAGGAAACUAUUUUCAGCCUUCAAGGGGAGCAACGCGCCAAUCAACAGAUUCGUGUGGCUGGGGAGCGACGCCUGGGGAGCCAAAUCGCACCCCGUCAGGGGACACGAGGCGUACGCCGAGGGGGCAAUAACCAUUCUGCCAAAGCGGUUUCCAAUCUCAGGAUUCGACGAAUAUUUUCUGUCAUUAAAACCAGACACCCACAAAGAAAAUCCAUGGUUUAAGGAAUUUUGGGAAGCGCAAUUUAAUUGCACCUUUAAUAAAACAUCCAAAAAACAAUGUACAGGCGAUGAAAACUUAGCUUCAGGCUACAGACAAGAAGGUCUCGUACCAAUGGUAAUAGACGCUGUGUACGUUCUGGCGACAGCGCUAAAAGCCCUGUGCAGCGACUACCCCAAACUGUGCAGAAAUACCGAGAACAACAAUCUGGAACUGAGGAAACUUUUGAAAGAUUACAUAGCGAAAACGAAUUUUACGAGUGUUCAAGGCAACAACAUGGAGUUGAAUUUUGAUUCCAAUCGUGACAUCGAAGCAAAGUACAGCAUUUACCAAUAUCAAAGAUCUUCAAGAAACAGCACUAAGUUUGAUUAUAAACUCAUCGGUGAAUGGGUUAACAGCAAUAACACAAAAGAUAGCAAGUUAUCCAUGAAAAAGAAACCAGUAUGGGAAGGGAAGGGCGAAUUUAUUAGCUCCAUAUGCAGCAGAGCGUGUGUCAGCGGAGAAGAACGAAUCUACAAUAGGGACAGGAAACGUCGAUGCUGUUGGGAAUGCAGACGAUGUCAAGAGAACUUUUAUCUUCCGAAUCCGCAUGGAAACUGUCAAGAAUGUCCAGAAGGACAACUUCCUACGACAGAUUUCACAGAAUGCACGGACAUGGAGUUGAAAUACCUUGGGAAAGAUCUUCUCGAUCCUUGGCCACUGGUUCCAUUGUGCUUUUCGGUUUUCGGCCUCCUCUGUACUUUUACGAUAUUUAUUAUUUUUCUAUACUUCCGGAACACACCAAUCAUCAUGGCAUCUGGACGUGAGCUCUGUUACGUCAUCCUGGCUGGAGUGGCACUCUGCUAUUGUUUCACUUUCUUUGCCAUAUCGAGACCGAGCAAGUUCAUGUGCAGUGUUGUCCGUAUGGGAAUGGGGUUAGGCAUGUCCGUCUGCUACUCGGCGAUCAUAACCAAGACCAAUCGCACGUCGAGGAUCUUCAACCGACGUCUGAGAACCGCGAAACGGCCCUCCUACAUCAGCCCAGAGUCCCAACUCGUCAUAUGCCUGUGCCUCAUCCUCAUCCAGAUCACGCUGUCCGUCAUGUGGCUGUUCGUCAAGCCGCCUUCGACGAAGGCCAUGUUCGUCGAGGCGCCACCGGAAUGGAUACUCAAGUGCGGAUUCGGCAAGUUUUCGGUGCUCUUCGGGCUCCUCUACAACAUGGUUCUCCUGGUGUUUUGCACUUUUUAUGCAUUCAAGACGAGAAAUAUCCCCGAAAACUUCAACGAAUCUAAAUAUAUUAGCUUCACUAUGUAUUCGUCGUGCAUCAUUUGGUUGGCCUUCAUACCUAUCUAUUGCAGCGCCAUGGAUGAUUAUAAGGUGCAGAUCACAGUAUUAUCAAUGAGCGUCAGUCUCAGCGGAAGCGUCACACUAGCUUGUAUUUUCUUGCCGAAAAUUUAUGUAGUCAUCUUCCGACCGGAGAAAAAUGUUCGUUAUCCAAGCUCCAACACGAACAGUGGGGCGACAACGACCUACGUCACUCCAGCUCCGAUACGUUUUAAAAGGGUGCCCAAAACCAGUCAUACUCUACCACCGUCAGAGGACUUCCAAAAUGAUUUGCUUGCGAACAAAUGCUUGAAUCAUCCUCACGCCGGGAAAAUAUAAAAAAAGAAUAGGAGGUCAAUUAUGAAGAACGAUCUUGCUC